AUGCGGGAGAACACCUUUCUCGGCGAUUUUUUCGCCUGCGUUGGCUUCGUUCCACUCACCACCCAGAGCCAUAUCCGUGAGACGAUGGUGAAGAUGAUGGUGUCCCCCACUCUCUCACAGAAGCCAGUGUUUUGGCGCGACUGUGACGAAGACGAUGUGCUGGCAAGAGAGGGCGAUUUCAGGAUGCCCUCGGCAGAGAAUCAACUCGAUGCGGGCUCGUCAACCUGCACGUUUUGGUGUGCGGUUGCUCUGGGGGCACUUGUGAAGGGGGGCCCCGUAACUUCGGUGGCGAGAUAUUCCGAGCUGGCCAGAGAUGCCGUGGAAAGCUAUUCGGGCCCUGUGACUACCGGAGUAGCAAAGGCCUGGGUAAUUCUGGCCUUCCUCUACCUCUUUCAUGGAGACACGGAUAUGUUUCAAGAGUACAUGGCACGUUCAGAAGCAUUCUUUAGUGCUUCCGGGGCUUACGGCUCCACCGAGGUGCUGCCCGUGGGAUAUGCCGAGGUUGUCAGUCACAGGAUGACCGUCCGGAUGUUUUCUGGGAAUGCAAGCACGUCGGAAGUGGAGUCGUUUUGCCGCCAACCACAGGAUCCCCCCCAGUUGAAAGCAGCAGCAUCCGAGACCGAGCUGUACGCGUUCAUGAUGCAGGCGUACCGGGAGUUCGAGCAAGCUGUCUACAGAACGGCGUACCUCGAGAGCUCUGACGCCGGCGGGCUACCGAGCGAAAACGAGGCCGGCAUCCGCACGUGUAGCUCUCGAGUACGCGAAGCUUCGAUGGCAGUCGUAGACACGAUGGCUUCGAGGAUCAGCAACCAUUCGUGCGACUUCGAGCGGUUGGAAGAUGUGGCCGAUCGACCCUUGAUUCGCCAAGGGAUCGGCGGCCUGAUCAUCAACGGGACCCUUGUGUUCGAGAAGGCGGCCAAGGGCGACUUUACCGGAGCCGUCGAGAGAAUUGACCGCUGCGUUGAAGUCUUCGAGGGAUUCCCAGGGGUCUGUCGAUUCUUCAUGGGGUCGCACGUGGCGCACAUCAUGAUGACUGCUCUGGCGGUCAUUGGAGACUCCAGAGCACGAGGGAUGUACGACAGGUUACGGCGCGCGUACAACUCCACUCGUCUUCCUGAUUCGACGCCCAUACCCCCGUUUGAAGAAUGGCAGGGGGUUUCUUCUUUCUGCGACACUUUCUACUGCAGGACGAUGGAGCUCCUCAUUGUGGGUGACGAGAUGGGGGGCAUUUUCGCGGCCGGACAAAAUGCUCGUGCCGACCACCAGAAUGAAGGUGACGAAGGCGAGGAGAAGGAACAUUUCGGUGAAGACGAGGGAACUGCUUGGAGCAUUGACGACAAUGGCGUACCCAUCGGUCCAUUCCUUGCGUCGGCUGGUGGCGGCGGGGCCGAGGUCGACCUGCUACCUAGCACGUGCAACGCUGACAUGGGCUCUUUCCUGGCGGAUUGCGCAGACGCUAAGUUUGGCCCUUCAGCCGUGGUACCAAGAUCGAUUACAGGCGCGUCGGGCUGGGUACAAGAGUGGGGCUAGUCGAGCGCGAUUGUAUGCUAUUCCGGGCGCGAGGAAGGGGACGAAGACGUACCAAUAACGGAUGCAGGUGGAUGGAGCUGGGAACAUCCGGUCAUGACGUCAAGAAUACUUUGGUGGCUCGCAGUGUAGAGAAGUCGAGAUUUGUUGGCCGUUUUGGUUCUGAAGCUUCAGCUUCAGCUUCUCAGACCAAUAUCCGUGGAAGUUUCAUUCGACUCCCCCAACCCCUUGCCCGACCCGGCCCGAAAUGCUGAUCUCGAGCUACAAUGCACAUCUCGCAGAGUCUCGAGUACUUGUAUGGUUUGGUGGGGAAUCGCAGAUCAUCACCCCUCCCCGAUUGUGAGGAGCUUCCGCCUCCUGUGGCCGACAAGUCGGCCUUGUCUGUGCCGCACCCCGAACGGGGCGGUUGAUUAGACAAAGAGGUUCCGUCCGGUCCGUUCGGGUGCAUUACAUUUUUAUUUUUCGUGCGAGUGAGUGGGGCUUUCCAUCGUGGCCACCAUGAUGGUUUCUAUCCCUCAGGCUGCUGUUUUCAUGCACCAUAGCGGGCAUCUCGGAGGAAUACGGUAUCUCUAUCUGUUAGUGUUGGACACCCGUGCGCGCCACUCAUUCCCUAAAACGUGCACGGACAGCCACAAUCAUCGUUGCUCUCGUUCAUUGGCAUGUUCAGAAUAUAUCUACUGCUGUACAUCGCAUAUAUGCCGUCCUUAUUUUUUGUGUCUUCCAUUCGCGUGGGGUCUCUCGUUUUUUUGUGUGGUUGCUUUGAAUUGGUCAAUGAGCAGUGAGUGUUUUCGGACCGCAUGUAAAGCGGGGUUUCCGUAGCGCAUGUCAACUGCCGCGAUCGCUGCCCUUGGUCUUGCUG